GAAGAAUUCCCUGCAACUCCAACCCCUGAGAUAACCGAUGCCACUCUCCGCCAUAAUCUGGGGGGCGGCUUCACUUGUGGGGAUGACCCCAGAUCCAGACCCAAUAAGAGGGUUCGCUCUGGUAAUUUUUGCUGUAGAUUUCUGUUGUUUAGAACGGCGAGGUUCAUCAUCUUCUUGCUUGCUCCUUGCAGGUUUCAUCCCCUUUCCGAGUUUGACGAGGGCAAGCAGAGUUGUAGAAGGAGGCUUGCUGGGCAUAAUCGGCGUAGGAGGAAAACUCAACCAGACGAUGUCGGCUCAAGACUUGUGCUCCCUGGAGAUGGAGACAAUAAAAUUAAUGGACACUUGGAUAUCUUUAACUUGUUGGCUGCUGUGGCUCGCGCUCAAGGAUGCAGGUAAGAGCACCAUCACAGCCAGUGGUUGUGUCUAUACCAAUAUUGCAUUAUGAUGAUACUGAAUCUGCAAAAGCAUCAAGACGGCAACUCAAGGAAGCUAUAUAUACAGCACUAUUUAACAUGAAUGUUCCUACUGUUUGUGCAAUUAAUCAGGCAACUUUAGCUUUGUAUGCUGCUAGAAGAACUUCAGGAAUUGUUGUAAAUAUUGGGUUUCAAGUCACAUCAGUUGUUCCAAUUUUACAUGGUAAAGUAAUGCGCAAAGUGGGUUUGGAGGUUGUGGGACUGGGAGCACUAAAAAUUACCGGGUUUCUUAAGGAGUUGAUGCAGCAGAACAAUAUUAGUUUUGAAUCGCUAUACACCGUUCGCACUUUGAAAGAGGUACAAGUCUUGCUUGUUUCUUGAGUGCAGAAUAUUGUUGUUGAAUAUUUAUCCUCGU